GACGUCACCCAGGUAUCCCACCAUACCGUUCGCGGGGCCUGACCCUCCCAUCUCUACCGGAGAAGCCUGCAGAAGGCGGGCAGAGUUGUGCCUACAAAUUACUCACCAUGGAGUCUUACGACAUUAUCGCCAACCAGCCAGUCGUGAUCGACAAUGGCUCAGGAGUGGUUAAAGCUGGUUUUGCAGGGGAUCAAAUCCCAAAGUACCACUUUCCAAACUACAUUGGUCGUCCUAAACAUGUACGAGUGAUGGCUGGAGCACUGGAAGGAGACAUGUUCAUUGGACCUAAGGCUGAGGAACACAGAGGCCUGCUGACUAUCCGCUACCCAAUGGAGCAUGGCAUAGUGACAGACUGGAAUGACAUGGAGAGGAUAUGGCAGUACAUCUACUCCAAGGAUCAGCUCCAAACCUUCUCUGAAGAGCAUCCUGUGCUGUUGACUGAGGCUCCACUCAACCCCAGGAGGAACAGGGAAAAGGCUGCAGAGGUGUUUUUUGAGACCUUCAAUGUACCAGCUCUGUUCAUCUCAAUGCAGGCAGUCCUCAGUCUCUACGCGACGGGGCGCACGACUGGCGUUGUGCUGGACGCCGGAGACGGUGUGACCCACGCCGUGCCGAUCUACGAGGGUUUCGCCAUGCCCCACUCCAUCAUGAGAGUAGACAUCGCCGGACGGGACGUCACACGGUACCUGCGACUCCUGCUCAGAAAGGAGGGACACAACUUCCACACCUCUGCUGAGAUGGAGAUUGUCAAAACUAUCAAGGAGAGAGCAUGUUACCUGUCAAGCAACCCUCAGAAGGAAGAAACCAUGGAGACAGAGAAGACCCAGUAUGCCCUUCCUGAUGGCAGCUCUCUCGAGGUUGGCCCAGCGCGCUUCCGUGCUCCUGAGCUGCUGUUCAGACCAGACCUGAUCGGGGAGGAGUGUGAGGGUCUGCAUGAGGUGCUGGCCUUCUCCAUACACAAGUCGGACAUGGACCUGAGGAGAACACUCUACACCAACAUUGUACUGUCAGGAGGAUCCACGUUAUUUAAAGGUUUUGGAGACAGACUACUUAGCGAGGUCAAGAAGCUAGCACCAAAGGACGUCAAGAUUAGGAUUUCUGCACCACAGGAGAGGUUGUAUUCCACAUGGAUAGGGGGUUCUAUAUUGGCCUCCCUGGACACCUUCAAGAAGAUGUGGGUGUCCAAGAAAGAGUACGACGAAGACGGGUCCCGAGCGAUCCACCGCAAGACGUUCUAACGCCGGGGAGAGGGAGCUAGCUCUAGCAUCAAGACAGUUGUGCAGGUCAAACCACACCCAGAGCUCAGUAUUGUGUGCAGUGCCAUGGAAAUCAAGGGGGUUGAACAACUCAUCAAAUUCAAAAAUGUGUGAGGCUCUUUGUUUAGCCUACUUUAGACUUAUUGCUUUGUAAAAAUUAUGUGCAACUGCAAAGACCUAUUGUUGUCAAUGGAAUCAAACUCAAGCUGGAAAUAUGUGCAUUCAUGGGUUUCCUGGAUAUAUAUGAAUGUAUAUGGAGGAUAUCAAUGUCAGGGUAUGAUUGAUAAAGUGUUUGCUGGUACUGGUGUAGAAGGAACAACAUUGUAUCUGAAUGUUUUGGUACAUGUUUUUGGGUUUGGAAGUUGUGAUGGUAUGGGAGUUGUUUUCAACCAAGUUUGCUAAGUUUGAUGAUGUUUUGGAAGUAAAAUUGUUUAACUUCUUAAACCUGGCCCUGUUGGUGCCUACUGAUCUGCACAAGUGUUGUUAAUUUGAUGUAGCAUAGUUAAAUGAAAGUUAUGAACAUGGGUCCAGCCAUUGGUGUAGUGAUAGAUUAUGGAGGAUUACUAUUUGUAUUACUCCUGUAUAAUUCUUGAGGUACACAUUUAAGCCGAUACAAUAUAUCUAGCACAAACUAACCUGUACCAUACUGUGGUGAGAAAAAGUGAGUCGAUUUUGUUUUAGACUGAGAUGAAAAUUAAACAAUUACAGAAGUGUUCUGUAGAAUCAGGUGUGAGACACUUUGUAUUGGUUGAAUCUGUGGCUGCAAAUGUCGAGCUGCCUUUGUCUAUGAUAAACCAAUGAGUCUUACUUAGGUGUUUUGCACUGUGCAAAGUCAUGUUGAGAACAUGCUUACUAGAUGAUACAUUGUUGCUGUUCAUUUUUUUACUGCCUCAUCAAGAUAGAAAAUAGCCACUGUGGAAGUUGCAGAAGAAACCAUUUUAAUAGAUUGCUGAAUCUUCCAAAGGCCACAGCUAUUUAGUAACUCAUUUUAGUUCAUUGGUAUUUUCCAAACUGUACCACCUAUCAGGUAAAGCACUAAAAAAACAUGUGA